AUUGUUAUUACCAACAUAUUUUAAAGCUAUCCCUUCCCACUACUCUCAAUUCUUAAUCAUUUCAAACACUUUGCCUCUCUAUACAAUCUCACCACUUCCAUCAUCCAUCUCUCCAUUGAAGAAGCCUACCAUGUCUGUAACAGGAGUUUCAGACACUGGCAGAAUGUUGAAGAAGUCAUUCCAUCGAAGGAAUGACUCCGGUGAGCUCGAUGUAUUCGAAGCUGCACGGUAUUUCUCGGGGUACAAUGAAGCAUCUAGCUAUAACUGUGCGACAUUCACUCAGAAAAUCAUGCGGGAAGAGAGGCAGCCAUGGAGGGGAGGUAGGGUCAGCUUGGAUGUACCCAUGAGGAACCCUCUUCCCCAGCAAGUUCAUGUGGUGGACAAGCAAAUUAAGGAUAAGAAAUACAAGCAGCCAAGCUCUCCUGGUGGAAGACUUGCUAGCUUCUUGAAUUCUCUUUUCAAUCAAACAGGUUCCAAGAAGAAGAAAUCAAAAUCAACCACACAGUCCAUGAAAGGUGAAGAAGAGAGUCCUAGUGGGAGAAGGAAAAGGAGGAGCAGUAUUAGCCAUUUUCUUAGCUCUAGUACAGCUGAAACGAAGUCGCUUUAUUCUGCCUCAAGCUCUGGUUUCAGGACGCCGCCUCCUUAUGCACAUACUCCUACGAAAAGCUACAGGGAGUUUAGAAGCUAUUCGGAUCAUAGAGAGGUUUUAUCUCUGUCCAAGAACAACAUUGGACAGACAAAACCAACAGCUUUAGAAAAUGUUGCCACUAAUGACAAAAGGAAUAUAACAGAGAAACUGAAGUUCAAUAAUGGCCACUCAGAGAAACACAAGAACCUCGAUGUUUGUCAUCAGGAGAAGGGUAGGAAUUGGGGUGAUCGGCAUCCAUCAGAGGAGAAAGAAAUCAGGACGUUUAAUAAGACUGAUGAUGAUGCAGAUAGUGAUUCAAGCUCUGAUCUGUUCGAGCUGCAAAACUACGAUUUAGGCAUUUACUCUAGUGGUGGUUUGCCUGUGUAUGAAACUACACAUAUGGACACCAUCAAGAGGGGUACACCAAUUUCCAAUGGUGCCCUAUGAGAGGCUGCAUCUUCAACUUGUUGAUGGCUUCAUUUGUUUUCAUUGCCAUUGGAGGCUUUGAUAAAAAAGAAAAAAGAAAUUUGAUGUCCUAUAUUUUGCUUUCUGUGUCCUCAUUGAAUGCUUUUCCCCCUUUUCUCUGUAUGUACAGUUUGAAAUGUUUGUUUGUCACUCUUUCAUUCUCAAUGGAGUAAUGCAAAAACGCUAAAAGUUUCCCAUUGUAA